UGUCCCCAUAAACUAAUGACUCUCCUUUGCUCUCUCUCCCCUCUUAUUUUAUGCACUGUACCUUUCCUCCUCUCUCUUCUCUCCUCUGCCUUUUUCCUUCACUCUUUUCACUCACUCAAAAAGUGAAAACCCACUUCCUUUCUUCCAAAAACAAGCAUUCUCAUCUUCUUUUCCUUUUCUCUUCACACCACUGAGUGUGAGUUAGGGUUCUUCUACAUUCGCCCCCACCAUUGUUGAAACUUGAAACCCCGCAUUCUCCGAACCCCAUAGCUUCAACCUUCGGAUCAAAUGGAUAAGCACCUUCUCGCGCUGGCUCUCACUCUUCAGCUCCUACUCGCCACUCUCCAUGUUUCUGCUGCACCUUCCACCACUUCCCCUGCAAAAAUUGUUAGUGGGUUUCUCUCCAAUGCUGUGCCUGCUUUCACCAAGUGGGUGUGGUCGCUCAAGGCCACCACCAAAACGGCGGUUUCGAGCAGGUCAAUGAUGAAGUUUGAGAGUGGCUACAGUGUGGAGACUGUGUUCGAUGGAAGCAAGCUUGGGAUCGAGCCUUAUGCUGUUGAGGUGUUGCCCAAUGGGGAGCUUCUCAUUCUUGAUUCGGCUAAUAGUAACAUUUACAGGAUUUCGUCCUCGCUUUCUUUGUACAGCAGACCCAAGCUGGUGGCAGGGUCAGCCGAAGGAUAUUCUGGACAUGUUGAUGGGAAGCUAAGAGAGGCUAGGAUGAACCAUCCAAAGGGGAUAACUGUUGAUGACCGAGGAAAUAUUUAUGUUGCAGAUACUACAAAUAUGGCAAUUAGGAAAAUUGGUGAUUCAGGGGUCACAACAAUUGCUGGAGGAAAAUGGAGCCGUGGUGGGGGCCAUGUUGAUGGACCAAGUGAAGAAGCAAAAUUUUCUGAUGACUUUGAUGUAGUUUAUGUUGGAAGUAGCUGUUCGUUACUCGUCAUAGACAGAGGAAACCGAGCCAUCAGGGAGAUUCAACUCCAUUUUGAUGAUUGUGCCUAUCAAUAUGGCAGUGGAUUCCCACUUGGGAUUGCAAUGCUUGUUGGGGCUGGCUUCUUUGGUUACAUGUUGGCAUUACUGCAGCGUAGGCUCAGUACAAUUGUAGCAUCCCAAGAAGCUGAGGUUCCAGUUACAGUAACAUCUUCGGUUCCUCCUAGUCCAUAUCAAAAGCCCUUGAAAUCUGUCAGGCCUCCUUUAAUUCCAUUGGAGCAUGAACCUGAGAAGCAGGAAGAAGGUUUCUUUGGAUCCCUUGGGAAGCUUCUCACCAACGCUGGCGCAUCAAUGGUGGAGAUAAUGGGAGGAUUAUUUCCUUCUUUCAGAAGAAAAUCGCUGAGUCACCAAUUUCACCGGCAACCACUGCUCCAGCAGCCUCAGAAGCAAGUAAAUGCUUGGCCAGUGCAGGAAAGUUUCGUGAUUCCUGACGAAGAUGAACCCCCUUCUAUCGACACAAGAGCACCAACCCCACGAAAGACUUAUCCUUUCAUGUCCAAGGAUGCUGAGAAAAUGCAGCAACUGCGGCAAAGUCGAGCAUUCUACAGUGGAUGGGAUGGAGAUCUCCACCAGCAGCAACAACAGCAACAAAAAUAUCAGCAUCGUAACCAGUACCGAUCGUCGAUCCCCCACACAUACUACGAGCAGAGCCAUGAGACAACCAACGAAAUCGUGUUUGGGGCAGUGCAGGAACAGGAAAGGAAGCAAGAGGCUGUGGUUAUCAAGCCUGUGGAUUAUGGGGAGUCACCAUACGAACAUCACAAUAUUAGGUCUAGAAUGAGUUCCAUGGGUUAUGGCUACAACAGGUAUUGAGUAUAUAUAGUUAGGAAGUUUAGAUUUUAGGAGUAAUGACCUUAAUUCAACUUUGAAUGGAGAGGGGAAUGAAAUCAGGUAUAGGUAGUGGUAUAAUGAUUUCUUUUAGUGGGAUCUUGGUAAGGAGAAGCUGGUAAUCAUAGUUAUGAAUUGUUUAUUCAAUUUUGCCAAAGGUAGGUUGCUAUGGUGUGUAGUGUAAGCAGCAGCAGCUCUGGCAAUCAUGAUGGUGGGAUGGGAUCAAGAAAUUUUGCAUGCUAUUUCUUCUGAUGAUCUCAUCAACUUUAAAUGUCCAAUAGUUCUCUGAAGAUAAGAUAUUGUAAUGUUUUCUUUCUGUUCAAUACUUGUUUUCGUCUUAAACGUGGGCUUAACAUUUUCUGAAGUCCAACAAAAUCAAGAGUCUACAAUAUUAUACAAUAUUAGCCACAAUGUUGAACUAGUUUAUAGAAAAAUUGUAAUUUACAUCA